AACAAAAUUGACAUCUUCAACCGGUUAUAGCAGAAGAUAUCUUCUGUGAAUCUUUUCAUGCUUUAUUCACAUCCAUUGCGGCUAAGUCUUGUAGGUGAAAUGAUUGCAGCAGUAGCUUAAAAUGAUUGAGACAUGCGUACAUUUGUGUUGCUGUUAUUGUACAGUCGUGUUGCAUACAGUUUCAGUUUGUGGAAGUUGAUACCGAAGUACACUUGGAUAAGGGAAAACCAGAAAGCAAUAGACGACAAUUUCCAUGAUUAUGAGAAUGGAUUUGAAAAUACAGGUAGAGUUUUUGUAACUCUUUUUGGAUAUCCAGCAAAAUGUCAACAGCGCGGCGUAUCUCAUGCUUGCACCAUUUCGAUAGCUUGCUGGAUGGCUGGAGGUACGAGUUAUUCUGGUUGUGGAGCUAGUUCUUGGAUUGUGGCAUGUUGUGUACCCCCAAAGAAAAAACGCCAAAAAGAGGAUAAAACAGAAAAUCUGAGUUCGAAAUUGAGAGAAGAACCAGCUAUUUUACAGAGACGGACAGAUGAAGUGUUGGAAGAAUGUGGAAUAUCUUCAGACAGAAUAUUUAUGAAAAGGAUUAUCGGUGGAAACAAGGCUAAAUUUGGACAAUACCCUUGGCAAGUUUACAUAAAAAUUGGCUCAUAUCAAUGUGGAGGAGUCUUAGUGUCCCAUCGUUACGUUGCAACGGCGGCGCAUUGCAUCAUAUCCGCCAAGCUGAAGGAUAUCCUGGUGUAUCUGGGAGAGCUCGAUACCCAGGACACAGGGGAGGUGUCGGAGCCUGCCCCAGCCGAGCUGCACAGGGUAAGGAGAAAACUAAUUCAUCCCGAAUUUGAAUAUCGAACAACGCAGCCUGACCGCUAUGAUGUGGCUUUACUGGAGUUGGUUACUGAAGCCGGAUACGCUGACUACAUAUCUCCCAUUUGUCUUCCUAAUUCCGACAUAUCCCUUUCCGGUCGGAACGCAGUGGUGGCUGGAUGGGGGAAGACUAUGCCUUCUAAUGAACUUAUGGGGACUAACAUCUUGAGGAGUGCAUCUGUCCCAAUACUAGAUAUAGAAGAAUGCAUCGCCUGGCAUAAAGUGAAGGAGAUCUCCGUCGAAUUGCAUGAAGAAAUGUUAUGUGCAGGCCAUGAGACUGGAAAGAGAGAUGCCUGUCUGGGGGAUUCGGGAGGACCGCUGAUCCUGCUUGAAAAUGGCAAAUGGACCCUGGUUGGAAUAACGAGUGCAGGUUUCGGCUGCGGCGAGGCCCAUCAGCCUGGAAUUUAUCACAAGGUUGCAUUAUCAGCAGAUUGGAUCAAGUCUAUUAUAAAUUAUGGAGUUUGAUCCCAAACUUAGUAGGAAGUUUGGACACCAUUGCAAUCAUACCGACAAAUUUAUUGAGAUUAACGAGGUUCCGAUCAGAAGUUCUCGAUUAAGAUUGUAGAACAUAAGAAAGUAUAACUGUUUCGUUACUCAAGUGUUGAGAACUUUUACGCGUUCAAAUAUUUUUGUAAUUACUUAUUUUCCUCUAAUGUUAAUACGGACAUAUCGUUGAGAGUCAUCAUUUCUAGUCAAUAUAAAUUGAAACAUGAAUUUGUAGCAAAUAUUUUUUUUCCAAUAUAC